AUGGAAGAGAUAGAACUGAGAUUCAAGCGACUGAAUAUAGACCCAGAGAAGCCCCCAUUCAAAAGGAAGAGAUAUCAGAAAAGAAAAGAAAAGAUAAACCAGAUUGACCCAGCCAAAAAGCUGAUUUCAUGGGAAGACAUGAAGAAGCUAACAACACAGGCUUCCCGAAUAAUUCGACUCCUAGGAAAAAACAGGACCCCAGUCUUGAUGGUAGCGACAGUAAUUGUUCUGCUGGGCUGUCAGAUCUCAUUCACAUCUGCAUGUAUUCCCAGAUACUUAUAUAACAUAGCAACAGGUGACAAGAUGAUUACCUACAAUGCCUGUGUCAGCCAAGUAUUUUUUACUGACCUCUUUGGUGUAACUGAAUUUUUUCUCCUUGCUGCCAUGUCCUAUGAUCGCUAUGUGGCCAUCUGCAAGCCCCUGCAUUAUGUGACUAUCAUGAGUAGUAGAGUCUGCAGGAGACUUGUGUUUUGUUGUUGGGUAGCAGGUCUGUUUAUUUUAACCCCCCCACUGAGCCUAGGCCUGAAUCUGGAGUUUUGUGAUUCUAAUAUCAUUGAUCAUUUUGUUUGUGAUGCAUUUCCCCUCCUGAAAAUCUCUUGUUCAAAUACUUGGUUUAUGGAACAGACCAUUAUCAUCUGUGCUGUACUGACCCUCAUUUUGACACUCAUGUGCGUAGUGCUGUCCUACAUUUAUAUCAUCAAGACAAUUUUAAGAUUUCCUUCUGCUCAGCAAAAGAAAAAAGCCUUUUCUACCUGUUCUUCCCAUAUGAUUGUGGUUUCUCUCACCUAUGGCAGCUGCAUCUUCAUCUACAUUAAACCUUCAGCAAAGGACUCAGUGGCCAUAAAUAAGGGGGUGACUGUCCUCACCACUUCUAUGGCUCCCAUGCUGAACCCUUUCAUUUACACACUAAGGAACAAGCAAGUACAACAGGCCUUCAAGGACUCAGUCAAAAGAAUUGUAAUAUUUUCCAAGAAAUAA